CCUGUUUCACGUAGGAGAGAAAUUAUGAUGUGAUUAUCGGAGGGUACUGGGCACCUUAUGGUUUAGACAGCUGUUCAUUCAUUUCCACCUGCUGAAUGAACAGCGGUGACGUCCCAGCUGCGCCGUUUGCCCGUGUAUGAGAGGAAGCUCGAGGUUCCCGGUGCAACCAUGCCUGUCUCCCUGCUGUGGGCCGUGGAUGUGUACGGGCGGGUCUACAGCCUGUCCACGGCGGGGCAGGUGUGGGAGCAGUGCCGUGAUGCCCAGAUGGAGUUCAAGCGGGUGACGGCAGCUCAGCAGUGUUGCUGGGGCAUCGCCUGCGACAACAGCAUCUACCUGAACGUCCACGCUUCUGACCUGUCGGUCCGCUACCAGGAGGAGACCUACGAGAAUCAACGAUGGAAUCCUGUCGAUGGUUUCUCAGAGCGUUUGCUGCCAAGUGACCGCUGGCAAUGGAGUGACGUCACAGGUCUGCAACAUCAACCUCUGGACAGCUUCCAGCUUCCCUCAAGCAGCUGGGAGUGGGAGGGCGACUGGUACGCAGACGAAAACUUUGAGGGGGAGCCCACAGAGAAAGGGGGAUGGACCUACGCCAUAGACUUCCCCGCCACUUACACCAAAGACAAGAAGUGGAACUCCUGUGUCCGUCGCAGGCGAUGGCUCCGCUACAGGAGGUACAAAGCCAUGGACACCUGGGCUAAGAUCCCCUCGCAGCAGACGUCUCUACCAGAUCCUUUCAGCGACAUCAGCUGUGGAGGCUGGGAGAUCAGCGAGGAACCCAGAGGUCGGCUGUCACUGUGGGCUGUGUCUCUGCAGGGCAAGGUGUGGUUCAGAGAGGGGAUCUAUCAUCAAAAUCCCGAGGGCUCUUUUUGGGAGGAGGUUCCUCUCCCCGGGGAGGUGGUCCAGAUCAGCUGUGGCCCAGGAGAUCUGAUCUGGGCGGUGCUGUGGGAGGGGCAGCUCAUUGUCAGGGAGGGCAUCGGCAGAGACUGCCCCAAAGGUACCUCCUGGGCGGUGGUGGACUCUCCCAGUCCUGACAUGGGUGUCACACAUGUAGCCGUGGGGGUCAACGUUGUUUGGGCUUUGACCAAAGACAACAAAGUGUGGUUCAGACGUGGCGUGAACUCCCACAACCCCUGUGGCUCCGGCUGGAUCAGCAUGGUGGGAGAAAUGAUCAUGAUCAACGUAGGACUCAACGAUCAGGUGUUGGCUAUCAGCUGUGAGGAUCGGGCGGUGUACUUCCGACAAGGAGUGACCUCUAGUGAACUGAGUGGGAAAACCUGGAGGAUCAUCAGCGUCCCUCGUGACAGAGACAGAUCCCACUCCAGUGCCAGUGCAAGCAGCCUGCAUAGUGCUGGAUGUUACUUCAGUGGUGAGGUGCGUGCUCCGUCAGCAGCGAGUGAUGUGGAGUCAGACACAGAGAAAGGAUCAACAGAUGGAGCUAGCGGCCUUGUCGCCUCUACCGUCCCAGAGUCCUUUGUUGAUGCCCCCACAGACCACUCCGACCAAACAACUGAGACCCCCAAACCCCGCAUCCCUAAAGUCACCAGCGACAGCUUCAUAUCUGAACUCGUCUCUGACCGAGAACCAGGAAAGACCUCAAGAGAGGGUGCUCCGGCUGUUCUGGAGGAGGAACUCAUCUCAGGAGAAGAAGAGAACAAAGCCCCAUGUGCUGGUGUAGCUAUUUCCCCCAGCCAGUCGGGAGGUCCUCUGGACCCCCAGUGGAGUAACGUGGAUCUGGAAGAGGCACAGGCCCAGCAGGCCCCCACUGGGGCAGUGGUGGACUCAGCAGAUACCUGCAGCUUGUCUUCAGUGGCCACGUACACUCUGGCCAUGGAGGAUUCGUACGGGACAGAUGAGCACCCUCUGUGGGCAUGGGUUAGUGCAGGCGGCUGCUCGGUGGACAGUCACUCCCAACUCAACUGGUUCAACUGCUCCUUGAACGCCUCAUCUUUGGUCCAGUCAGUCCAGUCCAUGAGUCUGUCUGUGACUCCAGCCCAGACGGCAGCCUGGCGUAAACAAAUCUUUGAGCAACUCAGUGAGAGGACCAAAAGAGAGAUGGAUAAUUUCAGACAUUAUGAACAAGCCAUAGAACAGUCUGUGUGGGUGAAGAAGGGAACCAUGCAGUGGUGGAGAGACUGGAAGCCACACAAGUGGAUCGAUGUUCAUUUUGCUUUGGAGCAGUUCUCAGGACCAGAGGGCAACAAGGACGGCAUCCUCUUCAUCUAUUACAACUUUUAUGAGGAGAAAAAGUACCUUCAUGCCUUCAUCAACGAGGUCACCAUCCUAGUUCCUGUGCUAAAUGACUUCAAACACAGUUUUGCCAUCUACACUCCAGAGCGGACUAAACAGAGGUGGCCAAUCAGAUUAGCAGCAGCCACAGAGCUAGAGAUGCAUGAUUGGCUGGCGUUGUUGAGUGUCUCAUGCUGUGACUCCAGGGGGAUCCAGGGUCCUCCCUCCAAACAAGCCAUAUGGUCCAUCACUUGUAAAGGGGACAUCUUUGUCAGUGAGCCCUCUCCUGGUCUGGAGGCCAUGCCCUACCCCACACCCUGCGACCAGAUGUUCUGGAGGCAGGUCGGAGGUCACCUCCGUGUGGUGGAGUGUAACAGUGUUGGCAUAGUGUGGGGGAUUGGCUAUGACCACACUGCCUGGGUCCAUACCGGGGGCUACGGAGGAGGCUUCUUCCAAGGACUGGCCAGCAGCACAGAUAACAUUUACACACAGGUGGAUGUCAAGAGUGUCUACAUCUAUGAGAACCAGAGGUGGAACCCCGUCACUGGCUACACUAACAGAGGGCUCCCCACAGACCGCUACAUGUGGAGUGACGCAUCAGGACUACAUGAGUGCACAAAGAUAAAUAUGAAACCCCCGUCCCCUCAGUGGGCAUGGGUGUCUGACUGGGCAGUCGACUACAGUGUGUCCGGGGGAACAGACAGAGAAGGCUGGCAAUAUGCAGCUGAUUUUCCAGCGUCAUAUCAUGGCUAUAAAACAAUAAAGGACUUUGUGCGUCGCAGGCGAUGGGCCAGGAAAUGUAAAUUGACCACCACAGGACCCUGGCAAGAAGUUCCCCCAAUAUCACUGAGUGAUGUGACCAUCCUGCCUUGUACAGCUCAGAGCAGUGUGGACGUGGUUCCUCUGUGGGCGAUCAGCAACAAGGGAGACGUGCUCUGCAGACUGGGAGUCACCGCACUGACACCCGCUGGAUCCUCGUGGCUCCACGUGGGAACUGACCAGCCUUUCAAGUCCAUCUCCAUCGGAGCUGCCAGCCAGGUUUGGGCCAUCGCCAAGGAUGGUUCUGCCUUUUACAGGGGAUCUGUCUCUCCACAGAGCCCAGCAGGAGACUGUUGGUACCACAUCCCGUCCCCGGCCAAACAGAAGUUGAAGCAGGUGUCUGUUGGGAGAACAUCAGUCUGCGCUGUAGAUGAAAAUGGUAACCUGUGGUAUCGGCAGGGUGUGACCCCCAGCUACCCUCAAGGCUCCUCCUGGGAACACAUCUCUAAUAAUGUGCGCAAGGUCUCUGUAGGGCCUCUGGACCAGGUUUGGAUCAUAGCAGACAAGGUGCAGGGCAGCCAGAGUCUGAGCUGUGGAACAGUGUGCCAUCGACUCGGAGUCCAACCUCUGGAGCCUAAAGGACAGUCGUGGGACUACGGCAUCGGGGGUGGAUGGGACCACAUUACAGUGAGAGGGAACUCCAUGGAGCCGCCCCGCAUCUGUCUUCCCUCUCUGACAGCCCCACCCUCUCAGAGCCCGCUCCCUGUCAGGACCGCGGAGGUCAACGGCAAUGCUGUGGGAUGCUAGAAACACAUAUAAACACGCACAAACUGCACAUAGCCAUCCUAAACUAUACGAUCUUUGUAGUUAUAUGUACUUUGUAGUAUGUAUUUAAAAGUACUUCUAAUUUAAACACUGAAGUAGCAGCGAUAUUUCAAAUCUAAACUCUAGAGCUCAGUUAACAGUCUUAUAGCUGAGCUGCUUCUGUCUCCUUUUCUCUGAAGACAAUUUUUAAUCUCUUGACCCGAAUGUUUUUACCAAGCUGUACAGGCAUUUCUGUCCGUCUUUGCUGUUUGUCUGUGGUCACUGACACUGAACUCGAUGGUCUUAAUGCAUUUUUUCCUUAUUUAUUCACCAGACUGUGAUGUUUCUGUUGGUUUGUGUGGUGUCUGUGCAUAUAGUACCUCAUGUAAGGUCAAGAUGAACGUGGAACAAUGAUGUUUUUAUGAGUUGCUUGGGGGGUUUUUUUAAGGGAAAAAUUUGUGUACUUAAAUUACAGUUGCUUAGCUGCUGAACUCUCAGCUCCACGGCUGGUAUUAUAUACAGAAAUUUAAAAAACAAACAAACAAAAAAAAAAAACGCUGUUAUUAUUAGCCAGCAGGCAACAUAUUGUUAAUGGCUCAUUGGCCACCUAUUUCAAACAGUAAAUCACUUCCUGCGUCUUACCAUUUUCAAAAUCCAGGUCGCUCCGUGAAACUAGUCUCGCAUAGCCAGACCUAUCUUCACAUUUCAUUUUAGUGCUGUGCAAGAAAUAAUAACCUCCGAGCAAGCAACCGACACACUAAUGUCUUUUAAGCAAAAGUUCCACUAAAAAAAAGUUCCGUCAAUCAUUAUUUUGUAAGCGCACCGUUGCUGCCUCUGGGCUCAGUGCCACCCAAGACGAGUAUGUUUCGUUUAAAGAAAUACAAACAACUCUUUUUUCCCCUUUAGUGCUUUCUCUAGAAAUUGCAGUGUUUGACAGGUCUGGCUUUGCAAGACUACACAUGUUCCAGCAGAGUAAAUCCUGAUUACUGGGAACAGAAGAAAAUGAUAACAGGAUAGAGCUGGCAGGAUGGGCCGCUUCUAAUUUUUGCUAAUCUGACACAUCUCUGUAAUUUCAUACCAAAGACUGCAGAACAACAUGAUGCACAUCCAUCUAUCCCCCAUUGGUUUCUAAUGUCACAGGGUACUGAAGGGAAUUUUUGAAGCCUAAUAUUGGGUUUAAUGCGUGCAACAAUCCUGCCAGUCGUUUGGAGCCAGAUAAUCCAAUUCAGGGUGAUGUGGUAGAACCUGUGUGAGGCUGAAGCAACCCAAGUGUGAUAGGCUGAGACAUCUGUAGAUCAAGGCAAGCACCUCAAAACUUCUCUGUAAGCUUUCGUCUGUUUUACUGAUGCAACUGAGACUCUA